GCUCUCUCAGUCCGACAACGCACGCGACCUCGCGCGGUUCAGGCAACCCCGUCGUGCUCCUGGUGCUCGUCGUCGUUUCGGUGAAUCGUACAGUUUUCCUUCCCUUUCCUCCGCGGAAGGUUGAGGUGACGCAAAGACGAUCCUAACGUUUACGUCUUAGAUAUUGACUAGUACAACGAUGUCCGGUGAAAAUCGCCUGGAGUGCAGUUUUAGUCGAGUUGUUAACUAACUAGUUUUGAAUUAGCAAUUCUCUCCCUUUCUCCCUGCGGAUUGUGCGGAUUUAUCCAAACAGAGGAAGGAGAAAUUCUAGUUAGCCCAGGAUUAUAUAGCCAACUAGCGUCGAUGCCUCUUGUGUUUCCAGUGUGUUUCCAUAACGCGUAGGUGGUGUAAGUGCAAAGGGUUCGCGGAGUGAGAUACGUUCCUCGAGCAUUCACGCUUGUUGACUUUUAAGCGGCAAGAUUGCGUAAAUGGAACACGCGAUGCAGAGAAAAAAGAAAUGCCGGGAACGGUGCUUUUCCAUCUGAACAACAAAAAAUUCAGCUGGAACUGUGAAUUGCUUGAAAAUAUUUGACGAUUCGAGCGCGUCGUCUAGAAAGUCUAGACGGACGAGUUUAAUCCCGCCGGAUUAACCGUCCGCGAAUAAUUUUCCGACAACCUUUUCCAGACAACGUACGAACGGAGGAGGCUGUUUCAUUCUUCUCUCAUAAUUCGGCCCUAACAGACAGACUUUCGUCCGUCUUUCUUGAGCAAUUUAGCGAAUCAUCGAAGAUGGACGAAGACGAUACCGAGGACGUGCGCGAGGCUGUCACGCUGGUGAACCGAGUCACCACGAGAGUCGCUUCAUCCUCUCGAAAAUUUACCUCCAACACUAAUCGGCAGAUCCUGCGAACCCAAGAAUCGGCCGAAGAUUCCGACACGAUGGAAUGCGCGUCCGAGAACGAGGUUGAGAAUCUGCCGAAGGACGAAGACGCGUCGAUUAGGACGCGCGACAGGAUGUGCGAGAGGAGCCGUCACUCCCUCGACGUUCCGGACGACACCGAAUUCUCGAUGACGCGCCGAAAGAUGACUACGUCAUCGUCUCAUCGCGUAAGCGAAGAUUCAAAAUAUGUCGGCUCACGGCUGGGCUUUUUCAUGACGACUCGCAGUCCGCAGUCCAGCUCCAGCCAAGAAGAAUAUGAACCCGAGGUGAAGAGCAUCUCGAGGUUGCAGAUGCAACAAAAACGUCAGCAACAGCAGCAGCAGCAACAUCUGCUGACGACGAGUGGGGUCGGUAGCCAAGUGACAGCCAGAUCGAUGGAGAGCCUGCGAUCGUCGAAGAACUUUCUGAGCGCCGACGAUCGCUACAGCGAGGAUUCCAAAUCAAUGGAGUCGCUGUCCUCGGAAAUGCACAUGGGUUCGUCUUCGAGGGGGGGCCAUUAUAGAAGCUUCCUCACGUCCUCCACAAAGGACGUGCGCAAGAUCGUGACGGUCGAGUCGAAGAGCAGCGAGAACCUGCAUCGGGAGGAGAGCUUGAACGCCGAGGUGAGACGCGGCCUUUUCGCCAAUACCGGCUUUGAGAGAAAGCUACCGCAGCAUCUGAGUCUGCCGCCGCCGUCCAGCAUAUUCUCUUUGACCAGUCCGGGUGGCAGCGAUCGCAAGAUCACGAUCCUGAGCCCGCACUCGCCCAUGCAAACGUCGGAGUUUCAAUUCUCGGCGCAGACGCUCAAGAGCAGGCGCAAGAAGGCCAUCGUAUUGCCGAGGUUGGUGUUGCCCCGAAGCGAAUCCGAGGUCUUUUUAGAUUUCGACGUGGAAAAUGGCGCCUCGACAUUGGACGGCGGUGCCGGCGGUGGUGGAGGCGCAUCACCCAGCGCGGGGCUCGUUCUUCAGACGUUGCCCCAGAGGAGGGAGAGCUUCCUUUAUCGAAGCGACAGCGAUUUCGAGAUGUCGCCGAAAUCGAUGUCUCGAAACAGCUCCAUCGCCAGUGAGAGGUUCAAAGAGACAGAGCUUCCUGUCGAGCGAGCGAUAUUUACCGAUCAAUACAGCCAUGGCGAGGACCUCAUCGUUACACCCUUCGCACAGAUUCUUGCUUCUCUGCGCUCGGUCAGGAAUAAUUUCUUGUCGCUCACGAAUGUACCGACGAAUAAAUCGCGAAGGAGUAGUGGCCAACAGGGCAGUAGUACGCCACAGCCACGGAUUUUGGCGCCAGGAGAGGAGCCCUUUAUGAAACUGGCUGUUGAAACGAUAGAGGAGCUAGACUGGUGCUUAGACCAGUUGGAGACCAUUCAGACGCAUCGAUCCGUGUCCGACAUGGCAUCUCUGAAGUUCAAGAGAAUGCUGAACAAAGAGCUAUCGCAUUUCUCGGAGUCCUCCAAAUCUGGCAAUCAAAUUUCGGAAUAUAUCUGCAGCACCUUCCUUGACAAGCAGCAGGAGCUGGAUUUACCGUCUCUGCGAAUCGAGGAUGCGGUCGCCGCUACGGGUAGCGUGGAUGCACGGGCGGCGAAGAAAAAGGAUCGUGCGCAAAGGGGCCCCGCCGCCAUGUCAAAAAUCAGCGGCGUGAAACGGCCAUUGACACACACCAACAGCUUCACCGGGGAGCGCGUGCCGCUUCACGGGGUAGAAACACCGCACGAGGAGGAACUCGGCAAGCUGCUGUCGGACAUCGAUAAGUGGGGCAUCGACAUCUUCAGGAUAGGCGAGCUCAGCAACAAUCGACCCCUCACUUGCGUGGCGUACACGGCCUUCCAGAGUCGAGAUCUGCUCAAAUCGUUGGCAAUACCGCCCAAGACCUUCGUUGCUUUCAUGAUGACCCUGGAGGAUCAUUACGUGAAGGAUAAUCCCUUCCACAAUAGCCUCCACGCAGCUGAUGUGACCCAGUCUACUCACACUCUGCUCAACACGCCCGCCUUAGAGUCCGUGUUCACACCGUUGGAGAUCACCGCUGCAUUAUUUGCGGCUUCUAUCCAUGAUGUAGACCAUCCAGGACUCACGAAUCAGUUUCUCAUUAAUUCAAGCUCUGAGCUCGCGCUGAUGUACAAUGACGAGUCGGUACUGGAGAAUCAUCAUUUGGCAGUCGCAUUCAAGCUUCUGCAAAACGAGGGCUGCGACAUAUUCGUGAACAUGACGAAAAAGCAGCGUCAGACUCUGCGAAAGAUGGUUAUCGACAUGGUACUCUCGACGGACAUGUCCAAGCACAUGUCGUUGCUGGCCGAUCUGAAGACCAUGGUGGAGACGAAGAAGGUCGCUGGUUCCGGCGUAUUGCUGCUCGACAACUACACCGAUCGCAUUCAGGUGCUGGAGAACUUGGUCCACUGUGCCGAUCUAUCCAAUCCAACAAAACCGUUGCCGCUCUAUCGACGAUGGGUGGCUCUGCUGAUGGAAGAGUUCUUCCUGCAGGGCGACCGCGAACGGGAACAGAAUAUGGAUAUAAGUCCGAUGUGCGAUCGGCAUAGCGCCACAAUCGAGAAGUCGCAAGUCGGCUUCAUUGACUAUAUCGUGCAUCCGCUAUGGGAGACCUGGGCGGAUCUAGUGCAUCCGGAUGCGCAGGAGAUUUUGGAUACUCUUGAAGAAAAUCGUGAUUGGUAUCAAUCGAUGAUACCGCCCUCACCGCCGUCCGACGAAACGCAACAGCCAGCAACGAAUGAAAAUCAGCAACAGCAGGAUAGAAUACACUUUCAAGUGACAUUGGAAGAAGGCGACGAGACCGGCGAGACGGUAGAAGGUGGUGAUACCGGCGGCGGUGAUGGCGGCGGUGGUGAAUCGACAUUUUCCAGCGAGGACGCGGGCGGUGAGACGGAGGAGAACGCCACAGAGGCUGGGAUGUGACGGAGGCUCGCCGGAAUUUGCAGAAAGUUCCAUGAGAAGGUGCAUCAGAGCUGGUGGCGCGUGCGUCAGUGACAUUCGCACUUAGCCGCGCCUAGCCGCUGGUCCCUUUGUAUCGACCUAUGCCGCGUUGGCCGGACCACGAGAGAAGGCGGUUGAGAUGACGGGAGCCAUCUCGAUCGGGCAACAAGAGAUAACGUCCCGACGACGACGGAACUAUGACGGAGGUGCGAAAAUGGCAUUAGAAAUCGCUAUGCCUCGGCUGGACCGAGACGAGCGACGCGAAAGCAGCACGUUUUGCCGUCGUCGUCGUCGUCGUCGUUCUAAUUUCGUCUCCGCAUCUCAUUUGAAUUCUAUCAAGCGGGAGGGGCGAAUCUCUUCACAAAGUACCUGCGCAAAUGAAAGCGGCAGCUGUAUGUUUGCGAUAUAUAUCGAGUGGGUGGCAAGAUGUUUUUUUUUUUCUUAUAUACACGCACACACCGAAGAUGAUGUCGAUUGUGGGACGGUGAUUGUCCAUCGUGUAUUGAUCCAUCAUCUAUUUCUUCGACAUGUAUAUGAUGAAGAUAUAGCCGCCGUCGAAGGCUGGAAGAAGCCUCUCUUCCAAAACCAUGCAGGAUCCUUAACAACAUAUCAACAGUAUAUACAAUGGAUUCUAGCCGAAGCAUAUUAGCGAACAGAUCGAUGUCACUGUCUUCUUCUAGAACUUUCAAACGCUGCACAGAAAUUAUCGUGAUUUGUGUGAGUCAAUUAAGAUUUAUUUGCAUAUGACGAAAAUUCAAAACGUUCAUCAAUUUGUUUCUUAUAUUACGACAUCAUAUUGUAAAUUCAAUAAUGCAUUACAAUCCAAUUUUGGGAAUAAUGAAAUGACUAUUCAAAAUUAUAUAUGCGAUAUCGAACGGAUCGAGCACGCAUUAUCUGAUAUACGGAGAGAAAUAAGUCGGACGAAAUAUAGGAAAAACAAUUAUACGGAUACUUAGUUAUAGCUAGGCGUUCAUCCUUUUGGUUUUUCGACGGUUAUUGAAAUAGUCACCUACUUAUCGGUAGAGAGAAGGAUACCUGUCUUUUUAAUCGUAAGAUUCUCUCAUGUUCGCUUUGUAGACGUAGAGAAGUUCGUAAUUGAAUUAUUCGUAAUCGAAAACGAGAAUCCAGAAGUAGCCGCGUGUCUAUAAAAAAAAUGCUAGAGCAAACACGUAGAGUAUUACUCACCAUCUACAUGAUUUAUACGAGAAAGGAGCGAGAUAAAUUCGCUUUUUUUUCCAAAUCACGUAAUCAAUGGGGGAGCACCGAGCAGCAAAACGGGAGGGAGGAAGGCAUCGAGAUAAAGGGACAAUUAAUUUUAAUACACAACUAUGUCGAGAGCUGGCCUUUUCAGUUUGUAUUAAAAUUAAUUACCGAGACGCUUUCUUCUUGCGAUAUAUAUAUAUA